CCCCCCAGUGCCAUCCCCCAGACAACCCUUUUCCCAUUCAAAAAAGAAACAACACAACUGAGCGCACACCCUUCCCUGACGCCUGCUUACCACCUUUUUUUUCCACCUCCUGCGUCUUACAUACUCUGCUAUACAACUCCGCUUCUGUCACGUAUAACGAACAGACACGCCCAUCACCCCCUCCCACCCAUCAACCUCCCCCCCAAGACAUCUACUACCGGCACUCAUCAACGAACGAUCCGAUACAUACAACCCCCUCACCACCCGGAAUAAUAACCUCGCUAUCAACCACUCCCGCAACAUCACCACCUCCAGUCUUCUCGUCUACCUAGUGCGCCAUGCCCGGAUUCGCAGACUCGUUCUGGUCGGGCGACUACGCCGGUGGCCUCGGCGUGUUGUUCAGCAAACUUCAGCAGGGUGUCAUCGAGAACCAGCAGGUGCUGAUGGUGGCACGGCUACGCGCCGAUGCGGAGGAGCUGUACGGCACCAAACUUUGCGCGAUACCGGCCGCUACCGACAAGAACGGCGGGUUCGGGAGAGACGAUGGCGCUACUGCUCGGCAGGCGUUUGAAGGGUUGAGAAAUGAGAUGGAUGAAGCGGGAAAAGCCCAUCGCAAAGUUGCCGACAGCAUCCGCAGCCUCGUGAUUCAGCCAUUUGCUCGGUGGUGCGAAGACCACGCGGACCGAGUUAACAACUCGCAUGACGAACUACGUGACCUUAUCCGGGCAUACGAUAAGCAGCACGAGCAGGUCAAGAAGCUGCGGUCGAGCUACUUCAACAAGUGUCGCCAGGUUGAGGACAUGGAGGAGGAGACAAAGUUCAUUGCCGUGCCGGCCCCGGUCGCGACGGAUGCGCCCGCGUCCGCUGGAACUCCGACCACCGCCAAGAUCACACCCAUCAUCAAGGUUGCAUCCGAUCUCGAGAAGGACGACGAGGAUCUGGAUCCCCUGGAGAUCGGCGACGAGUUCGUGCAACCCAGUAUAGUCAAGAAGAAGCUGGAGGAUAUGUUGAAUGAGAUCCCGCUGGGCGAGGUCAAGGUUGCCAUCUUGGGGACAUACCCAAAUAUAGCCACCGGAGAUGUCCUAGUGAACUGGAUCAUGAAGAACUGGACCGCCACGUCCAUCUCUUACGCGGAACGCGUCGGGCAAGACUUGGUCGGUCACGGCUUCUUGCGGCUGGUGGGAGCUGUGGGGAAUACUUUCUCCAAUAGCCCCAAGAUGAACUACCAGUUCCGACCGAAGGCGUUCCAGUGGGCCAUGGUCAGCCCGAAGCCGGUGAACAAGUCGCUCGCCAGGACACCGACGAUCCACAUGAACGGCGAAGUCAGCAACGAUGCUUCCAGCCCAACCAUGGCGUAUGUUGGUGACUAUCUCGGGAGUCUUCUGAGCAAUCAGCACCCGGGAGAGACACCCAACGAUAGAUUGAGGAGGGAAGCAAAGGAGGCCGACGCGAGGUACAAGGCGGGUAUCCGGGCUCUAGAUCUCACGAGAUGUCAACUGGAGGAGGCGAUGAUCGAACACCUCAAGUUUAUGGAGAAGUGCGAGUUGGACCGGGUAAAGGCCAUCAAAUCAGUCAUCCUAGACUUCUCUGGAGCCGUGUCCAAUGUGAUUCCUACUCUGCAGAAGACGUUGACACAGAUCGAGACGCACCAAGAGUCGAUCCUGCCUGCGACCGACCUGCGGUACUUGAUUGAGAACUACCGGACUGGGUCAUUUGUACCGAAGGUCAUCCCCUACGAGAGCUAUUACAAUUCUCCAGAUGAGCAAACCUUCGGUGUGGAUCUGGAAGCUAGGGCGAGGGCGGACCGGAAGCGAGUACCUAUCGUCAUCACCAGCAUCUUGACUUAUCUGGAUCACCACUACCCCGAUCUCGAGGGCGACGAGGCUAGGCGUGGUAUUUGGUUGGUCGAUGUCCCGCUAGCUGCUACCCAUCACCUCCGAAACUCCAUCAAUGACGGAAAAGCCCCUACGAAGGAAACUCUGGCCAACUACGAGAUCCCUAUCGUUGCUAGCGUCUUGAAGCUUUACCUCCUGGAACUUCCUGAUUCGAUCGUGUCUUCGCAAAAGUACGAAAUCAUCAAGACAGUCUACACCACGCACGGCGGCGAAGGCAAGGAGGCGGACCGUCUUACUGUCAUCCAGAGCACUCUCGGUUCGUUGCCGCUUACCAACAUUGCCACACUGGAUGCCAUCACCACGCACUUUACCCGACUGAUCGAGCUCACCUCGGCCGACGAGGCCUUCGUCCAGGCUCUGGCGCAGUCUCUCGCCAGUGUUAUCCUCCGUCCCCGUGUCGAGUCCUCGCUCACGCAGAACGAGCGCCACACCUACCGCCUCGUACGCGACCUGUUUGCAUACAAGGACCAGAUCUUCGGCGCACUCAAGAAAGCUUCCUCCGCCGGAGCCCGCCCGCGCGCCGUUUCCACGGACGAGAGCCACCGUCGUGCGCACGUCGAGGCACGCAACCGCGCAGUGAUCGGUGCUGCUAAGAGCAGAUCGUCGAGUCCGGCACCGCCUGCCCGGCACGGACGGGGCACAUCCUCGGACGUUACCCGCUUCCCCAUCAACACCUCGCCCACCAGCAGUAGUCCCCGGAGCUCGCGCGGAUACAAGCAGCGCGAUAGCCUAGAGGUCCCCGGCGCCGAACCCACCACUCCGCUCGAAAACGAGACGGUCCACUCACCGCCUCCACGCGAGGACGGUGCACUGGACUCCGGCGCCAAUUCGCCACCGACAUCGGCGGUGGUGCAGGAGGUGGCGGCCCAGGGAGGUCUGGAGAAGAAGAAUAGUCUGAGCAGGAGCGGCCACGCAGCUAGCAGUCGCUUCCCGCGGAGGGGCGCCAAUCUGACGCGCGGUGGGAAGCGGGAUUCGCUCGUGAGUAAUGCGGAUGGUGAGAACCAUGAGGAACCGUCCAGGGGUGUCGAAUUGGUAGACCCGCCGAUGGAUUACUAGUGACAACAAUUGCACGGUUGGGGUGGUGGGGGAAAUUGCACUGGAUGCGCGGGGUUGGUUUGGUUGGAAUGAUACCUGCUGGCUUUUACUGGAGUUCGUGUGUUUUUUUCCGUGGCUUCUCAUUUUUUCGGUUGGUUGGUUGGUCGAUUGGUUGGUCUGGACGACGUCGCACGUGCGCGGG